AUGACGACAAAAACCAAUGCCAAUGUAGAAAUCAAUAACACCACCACCAACCGCAGAACUACUCAAGCCCAAGAGGAUUUGUAUAGCAAGGAAAAAAUCGAAUUAAUUGUUCCCACUACGGGUAAACUCUAUUUCGAACAUAAACCGGAGCUAGUAUUUUGUAAGCCACAUUUGAUGCCAUUGAAAUCUCAGGCGCUGGAACGCUUGGAGGAAAUGCAACGUGAUACUGCCAGGCAGUUGCAAGAGAAACGUUUAAAAGGCAACAAUCGCAAGAACGCAAAGAACUAA